AUGGCGCUAUACGGGACAUCCGAUGCCUUGCUGUGCAGGGCGUUCCCGACAACCCUGCGGGGCCCAGCCCAAGCGUGGUACAGCAAUCUGAAGACCGCGACCAUCGCCUCUUUCGACCAAUUGGCCAGGGACUUUGAGCUUAACUUCCUGGCUCAUGCCAAACCGAAGCCGUCGGUGGCGAUGCUCCUCGGGCUUAACCAGAGGGAGGAUGAGCCCCUCUCUCACUUUGUGAACCGCUUCACCACACAAAUCCGCGGGCUGUCUGACGCUCACCCUUCUUUGAUGAUGCAGGCAUUCAUGAUGGGCCUGCGCCCUACCCGAUUCUUUUGGUCUCUGGUGGAGCGACCCCCCACUUCGGUUCCCGAAAUGUUGCAGCGUGCGAACCAGUACAUCGCUGCUGAGGCAUGGAUGGUCGGGAGGCGCGACGAGCACAAGAGGGUCAAGCCAGAGCAGUCCCAACAACAACAGCCCGCUACCUCCUGGCGUAGGGCCGGCGGCCUCAACGAUGCGGCACCUAGGUUCGGCCUGCGCCUCAACCCCGCCAAGUGCGCCUUCGGCGUGACCUCGGGAAAAUUCCUCGGAUUCAUCAUACAUGAGAGAGGGAUUGACACCAACCCGGAAAAGAUACAGGCCAUCAUUGACAUGCAGCCUCCUCGGACGAUCAGAGACCUGCAGCGCCUUAACGGGAGGCUAGUCGCAUUAUCACGUUUUCUUUCCCGAUCGGGAGAUCGCUGCCUCCCCUUCUUCCAGGCCCUGAAGGAUCCAAAGAACUUCCGAUGGACGACGGAAUGCGAGAGGGCCUGCGAGCGGAUGAAGCAACACCUGGCCAACCUCCCCCGACUCGCUUCAGUCUCCCCUGGGGAGAAAUUGAGUCUCUACCUCGCCGCCUCCCAACACGCGGUCAGUUCGGUUCUGGUCAAAGAAAACUCCGGCGACCAACUGCCGGUCUACUAUGUCAGCCACAUGCUGAGCGGGCCAGAAGAACGCUACCCGCCAAUCGAAAAGCUGGCGCUGGCGCUCGUUCUGUCGGCGCGAAAGCUCCGCCCUUAUUUCCAGGCCCACCCGAUGGAGGUAAUAACUGACCAGCCGCUCCGGCUUGUUCUGUCUAAAUUCGACGUUGCAGGGCGUCUCCUCAAAUGGGCAGUGGAGCUCGGCGAGCACGACAUACAGUAUAUACCACGGACCGCCAUCAAAGCCCAGGCCGUGGCAGACUUCAUUGCAGAGCUGACCCCGAGCACAGGCGAGGAACUCGAGCCACCGCGUGAGACGUGGACCCUCCACGUAGACGGGUCGGCCAACGCAAAAGGCACCGGUGCAGGGCUGGUGCUGGUGACACCUAACGGCCGCUCGAUCGAGCGCUCCUUCCGCUUCGGGUUCAGGGCCACCAACAACGAGGCAGAAUACGAGGCUCUCCUGGCGGGGCUCCAGUUGGCACUGGAAAUGCGGGUGACCGACAUACGCGUCAUCACCGACUCACAGCUGGUGGCUAGGCAGCUCGACGGCGGAUACGAAGCCCGAGACCCGACUAUGGUGAAAUAUCUGGCACAGGUAAAAAGCCUUGCCACCAAGUUUGACCAUUUUGAAUUGUCGAAUGUUCCCAGGAGCGAGAACCAGCGAGCCGACACCCUGGCAAAAUGGGCAUCCGGCUCGGCCCCCUGGGCUCAACCCGAGACCGAAGUGCUCCCCCACCGAGCCAUAGAGGUCGUCGCCACGGUCACGGGCGGCGCGCCGGCCACUUGGGUACAGGAGAUGCUACGCUUCAAGCGGGAUGGGGCCCUACCCGACAAUGAAACCACGGCUCGACGCUUGCGUCGGACGCAGGCAUGGUGGGUCGAAGCCGAGCCUCUAGCAACCAUUACAGAGUCACAAGUGGAAAGGUUCGUGUGGAGAAACCUCAUAACUCGGUUCGGCCUACCCCAGUCCAUCGUCACCGACAAUGGACCUCAAUUCGCCGACAGGAGAUUCCAAGAGUUUUGCGCCAAGCACAAAAUUCAGCUGAGGUUCAGCUCGGUGGCUUACCCCCAGGCGAAUGGGCUAGCUGAGGUAACCAACCGGUCCAUCAUCGACGGCCUCAAGAGAAGGGUAUCCGCUGCCCGAUCGGCUUGGAUCGACGAGCUCCCGAGCGUCCUAUGGGCGAUGCGCACUACCCCCAAGACCCCGACCGGGGAGUCUCCCUACAGCCUCACGUUCGGGACCGAGGCCGUAUUGCCAUCCGAAGUAGCCAUCCCGACUCUGCGGACGGCAGACUACAGCGAAGAGGCCUCGGGAGAAGGGCUCCGAUCCAACCUGGACCUACUCGAGGAAAGACGGGCCAACGCACACCAGAAAGCUCUUUCUUACAAAAGAGCCGUAGCGAGGGUCUACAACCGGAGAGUACGACCCCGAUCAAUAAAAUUAGAGGACCUGGUCCUGCGCAAAAUCGAGGUCAGCCGCCCAACCCAAGCAAGGGGGAAGCUGACCCCGAAGUGGGAAGGACCCUAUCGGGUCAUCGGAGUAUCCCGACCGGGGACGUUCCGACUCGCAACAAUGGAUGGCGACCCCGUGCCCCGGACUUGGAACAUACAGAACCUUAGGAAAUACUUCGUCUGA